GACAGGAGGACGCUUCUUCAACAAUAACAAGUAUAGUCAGCCAGCUUCGUAGCCGACAUAGGCAAAAAACAUUACGUCUCUUUAGUCUGUUUUGGUAUAUAUUAUUCAGUGUGUUUUGAACAUACUUCUGUCUUAUCUAUUUACGUUGUUUGUUGGGUAGAUGGCUUGCUAAGUUAGCAGUAGCACUAGGCUGUUUGCUAAUGCUAACUAUCUAGCUAGUUAACAUCCCCGACCAUGAACUCACUAAACUACUACCCCGGUGCUAAUGAAGAGGAGGUCUGCUGGACGGAGAAAGAGGGUCUCGUGAAAGAGGAAAAGGAAGAGGAGGUUGUCACAGUAAAAAAAGAAGUAGAGAGUGAGACUGUUACAGUGAAAGAAGAAGAAGUUACAGUGAAAGAGGAGGUUAUAGUGAAAGAAGAGGAAGAAAUUACAGUGGAAGAAGAAGAAGCUUUCAGAGUGAAAGAGGAGGAUGCUGUUUUUGGAGUGGAGGAGGGGGAGAUUACUGUGACGUUGAAAGAGGAGGAUGCUGUUUUUGGAGUGGAAGAGGGGGAGAUUACUGUGACGUUGAAAGAGGAAGAUGAAGAUACGGAAGAUCUGAUUAAUACUAGAGAGAGACCAGACUCUCACUCUGACAGCAGCAAGAGUCCCUCGGAGGAACCAGACCCACAGACGUCCAAACGAGCGAGACGACGCCGCUGCUUCAGCUGUGGGAAGAGUUUUACUAAGUUACGGAACCUAAAAAAGCAUGAGAGGACACACACGGGAGAAGAGCCUUUCCAAUGUUCCCAGUGUGGAAAGAAUUUUAUUCAGUUAGCGAGCCUGAAAAGACAUAAGAAAAUACACACAGGAGAGAAGCCUUACCACUGUUCCCAAUGUGGAAAGAGUUUUAGGUUGUUAGGGAGCCUUAAAGAGCAUGAGAGAAUACACACAGGAGAAAAGCCUUUCCAAUGCUCUCAGUGUGAAAAGCGUUUUACCCAGUUAGGGAGUCUAAAAGAUCAUGAGCGAAUACACACAGGAGAAAAGCCUUUCCAAUGCUCUCAAUGUGGAAAGUGUUUUACUCAGUUAGGGAACCUAAAAGAUCAUGAGAAAAUACACACAGGACAGAAGCCUUUCCACUGCUCCCAGUGUGGAAAAAGUUUUACCUACUUAGCGCAUCUGAAAAACCAUGAGAAAGCACACACAGGAGAGAAGCCUCACCUCUGCUCCCAGUGUGGAAAGAGUUUUACACAGUUAGGGGACCUGAAUAGGCAUGAGAGGACACACACAGGAGAAAAGCCUUUCCAAUGUUCCCAGUGUGGAAAGAAUUUCACCCGGUUAGGGAACCUAAAAGAGCAUGAGAGGACACACACGAGAGAAAAGCCCUACCCAUGCUCCCUGUGUGGAAAGAGUUUUACCCAAUUAGGGUAUCUGAAAAAACAUGUGACAACACACACAGGAGAGAAGCCUCACCUCUGCUCCCAGUGUGGAAAAAGUUUUACCCAGUUAGGGGACCUGAAUAGGCAUGUGAGGACACACACAGGAGAAAAACCUUUCAAAUGUUCCCAGUGUGGAAAGAAUUUUACCCGGUUAGAGAAUCUAAAAGAGCAUGAGAGGACACACACACAAGAAAAGCCUUUCCAAUGUUCCCAGUGUGGAAAAAGUUUUACCCGGUCAGGGAACCUAAAAGAGCAUGAGAGGACACACACCCGGGAAAAACCCUACCAAUGCUCCCUGUGUGGAAAGAGUUUUACCCACUUUGGGUAUCUGAAAAAACAUAGGAGAACACACACACAGGAGAGAAGCCUCACCUCUGCUUCCUGUGUGGAAAGAGUUUUACUAAGUUAGGGGCCCUGAAUAGUCACGAGAGGACACACAGGACAGGAUAAGACUUUUCACUGUUCCCAGUUGGGAAAUAGAUUUGACUGGUUAAGGCAUCUGAAUAAGCAUGAAAGACGACAUACCACUGCUCUCACUGUGCAAAUACAUUUUCCCGAUCAGGGGAAUACACACCAGAUAACUUUUCUUGCCCAGAGAGAGUUUUAAUAAUGCCGGCGACUAUAUAAAUAUUUACAAAAAAAAUAAAUAAAACAGGGUGUUGAUCAGAACCAAACUGAACUGACACGAGAGAAUUGAGGAGCUCUGUUCUGAUGUCUGAUGUUUUUGACUGAGAAUUUGUGUUUUUGUUUAUGUCACAUGAAAUCAAAUUGUUUAUAUGGGUGAUUCUCAUGAAACCAGUUUUAAACACGUCUGUAGAAAACGUAGUUACAAAACCAUGAUGCAUCUGCAAAAAUCAACUAUCAUUCUGAGGUCUAAGUUUAGGCAAAGUGUCUUCAGGAGGCUGAAGAAAUUCGGCUUGUCACCAAAAGCACUCACAAACUUCUACAGAUGCACAAUCGAGAGCAUCCUGUCGGGCUGUAUCACCGCCUGGUACGGCAACUGCUCCGCCCACAACCGUAAGGCUCUCCAGAGGGUAGUGAGGUCUGCAGAACGCAUCACCGGGGGCAAACUACCUGCCCUCCAGGACACCUACACCACCCGAUGUCACAGGAAGGCCAUAAAGAUCAUCAAGGACAACAACCACCCAAGCCACUGCCUGUUCACCCCGCUAUCAUCCAGAAGGCGAGGUCAGUACAGGUGCAUCAAAGCAGGGACCGAGAGACUGAAAAACAUCUUCUAUCUCAAGGCCAUCAGACUGUUAAACAGCCACCACUAACAUUUAGCGGCCGCUGCCAACAUACUGACUCAACUCCAGCCACUUUAAAAAUGGGAAUUGAUGGAAAUUAUGUAAAAAUGUACCACUAGCCACUUUAAACAAUGCCACCUAAUAUAAUGUUUACAUACCCUACAUUACCCAUCUCAUAUGUAUAUGUAUAUACUGUACUCUAUAUCAUCUACUGCAUCUUGCCAUCUUUAUGUAAUACAUGUACCACUAGCCACUUUAAACUAUGCCACUUUAUGUUUACAUACCCUACAGUACUCAUCUCAUAUGUAUAUACCGUACUCUAUACCAUCUACUGCAUCUUGCCUAUGCCGUUCUGUACCAUCACUCAUUCAUAUAUCUUUAUGUACAUAUUCUUUAUCCCUUUACACUUGCGUGUAUAAGGUAGUAGUUGUGGAAUUGUUAGGUUAGAUUACGUGUUGUUAUUACUGCAUUGUCGGAACUAGAAGCACAAGCAUUUCGCUACACUCGCAUUACCAUCUGCUAACCAUGUGUAUGUGACUAAUAAAAUUUGAUUUGAUUUGAUUUGAUUUAUUUUCAAUACAAUUUAUUUUCGCCUGAAUUUUGUACAUUUUCAACCCUAAAUCUAAGAAAUGCAUCCGGAUUAAAUUCUUGGGUCAUUUUAUACUGUUUUACUUUAGAAAAAACGAUUUUAUUUCAAAUAAAACCCAAAGUAUUUUGCUGUAGUUUGUCCAUAAAUCAUAAAAAUUGUAUAUUAGUUGAAGUUUACAUUAUACUAUAAUAUUUAUUAUGUACAAACACAGUGUCUGUGGACAUGUUGGGGAAAAAGUCUGAUUUAAUUUUAAACAUGUUUAUUUUCAGUGUUACUUAACUCAGACCUUUACAUUACAAGAGCAAUUUAAAAAAAAAAAAAUAU